GCUCUGCCUGAAAGUUCAGAGAGACACACUGCCUCAGCUCAGAGAUUAAAGGCGCUUGUCUGCAGUGCUUGCAACAAGAGCUGCUCGCAACUUGCCCAAGAGGAAGGAUGAGUUGAUUUUUGUUUUUGUUUUUGUUUGUUUGUUGUUGUUGUUUUUUGCGACUUUUGCAGUCAUGACUUUGGCAAACAGUGUGGAGGCUUUGUUUUUUUUUUUUCUCCUUGUGUUCUCACCAAGUAGAACAAAGUCUGUUUAGGACACGGCGGGCUUCCGGGUGCUUGUGCGAGUAUGCAGGUGGCAGCGAGGCUUUGCUCUGACUUGUUUGAAGUUUGCUCUCAUGUCAAAGGUGAAGGAUUAUGCCUGGAACUGGAAUUUGGUCCUCAAAUUGAGGAAUGCUAAAAACUCCUUGGCAGCAUGUGAAUCCUUUUGUCUGUAGCGUGUGAAUCAGUUUUGGUACAGUGCCAUGCUAUUCCUCAGCAGCGGGACAGGGGAUGCUUCAGUUGGCAAUCAGCAGCAAGGGAAAACCACCUACCAUAUUUCUGUAACCCUGAAGGAAACACAGGGGGAUGACCCGGUGGUCGAGCUAGGAAUGGGCUGGGUGGCACCCUGCACCCUGGUAGACGGUUGCCAGCCAGGAGGCAAGAUCAUGGAGAACAGUCCCAUCCUCGACAGGUGGCCAUCCCUGAGGACUGGGAGUCUGCGCCGAGAGGUGGUGGUGGAGGAGAACGAGGAGGAGGAGGACGACAAGGUGGAGGUGGAGGGAAGAAUGAGGAGUGACGGCUUUAUGAGACAUCCCUCCAAGAGCUCAUCAGACAUUGCCGACGUAGACGCCCAAGACUCGCACAAGUACCGUGUCAAUGUCCAUGCUAGAGGUUUGGCGUUUGGCGGCCGUGGCGCCGCCACAGGGCACACGCUGCCUCGGGCUGUGCUGCGCAGGUCCCGUCAGGAUGAGGCCUCACCCGGCAGGAGGACUAUGAGCAUGUAUGGCGAAACGGCAGAGCAGCAAAGCGAGCCUCAGCCGGAACGACUCCGGAGGCCGAGGAGCGUGUGCAUGCUUUUGGGCCCAGGCCUGGUCCUCGUGGAGCAGCCCAAGCAAAACUCCCUGAAAAGGACAACGGUGGCGGAGGGCAGCCAGCUGUACAGGAGCAGGAAGGCUGAGCUGAGGCUUGUGGAUGGUCUCAAUCCGGUUUUGGUUCAACGAGCCCCAGCUCCUGCAGAGGUCAUCCCCACGGUGCGCCACAGAAGCGUGAAGACCAGACCUCUUAGCAUGACCGUACUGGAGCUAAGGAAAAGGGCCUCUGACGACGACGUAAGCAGGCAACAGAGCCACACGGGCCACGAUGGGGGAAACUUCCUAAAAGGAGCUUUCCGUUGGAGGUUAUUUGGUAAAAGCUCUCCGGAUAAGAACAAAGAGAGCGAUGGUGACAAAGGUGCGAAAUCUUCUUCUAAGUCAGUCAAAUUCGAUGCUCCGAAAAGUACGCUGAGCUCAUUGAGGCGGAGCUUGAGUAUGCGCAUCCGGAGGUCUCGGCCCCGGGACAAAGUGACUCCAGGGUGCGAUGGGGCUACGAAGGAACUCUCGCAGACCAAAACCGCCGAGCCGAUUCCUCCUCAGCCUUUCUCGUACCUCACGGGGAGAACGCUUCCAUAUUCCGGCGAGCAAGUCGAAGACAGGGCCAUGCAGUACAUCCAGUACCGCAGCAGGGGCAAGGUCAAGGUGAUGGAGGUGCCCCUGUGCCCGACUAAAUUGUCCAAACCAGCUCAGGAGGAGCUGAGCAUUUGGCAGCUCAUAGCCAACCGCUUCAGGAGGAAAGAGCAGCCGGACAAAUGCGAAGUGAAAGACGCGGGCCAGCAUGUGCUGACUCUGAGUAAUAAGUCACUGCCUGUCACCAUAGAGACACUGGCAGACAAAGAGUCUCAUAAAGGUCAAGACUCUUUUGUCAACAGCCAGGAAUGGACGCUGAGCCGGUCUGUGCCAGAGCUGAAAGUGGGGAUUGUGGGGAAUCUCUCCAGCGGGAAGUCGGCCUUAGUCCACCGUUACUUGACGGGAACGUAUGUGCAGGAGGAGUCUCCUGAAGGUGGCCGCUUCAAGAAGGAGAUUGUGGUGGACGGGCAGAGCUACCUCCUGCUUAUCAGAGAUGAAGGAGGACCGCCAGAGUUACAAUUUGCUGCCUGGGUGGACGCCGUGGUCUUCGUCUUCAGCCUGGAGGACGAGAUCAGCUUCCAGACGGUCUACAACUACUUCCUGCGUCUGUCCAGCUACAGGAACGCCGCUGAGGUGCCCAUGGUCCUUGUCGGGACACAAGACGCCAUCAGCGCCGCAAACCCCAGAGUGAUCGAUGACUCACGAGCCAGAAAGUUGUCCAAUGACCUAAAGCGCUGCACGUACUACGAAACAUGCUCCACCUACGGCCUCAAUGUUGAGAGAGUCUUUCAGGAUGUGGCCCAGAAGGUGGUGGCCAUGAGGAAAAAGCAACAGCUCUCCAUCGGCCCGUGCAAAUCUCUGCCCAACUCGCCCAGCCACUCGUCUGUCCCCUCGGCGUCCAUCCCCUCCGUUCACAUUAACCAGGCGGCCAAUGGGGGCUGCGCGUUCAGCGACUACUCCUCCUCCGUCCCCUCCACCCCCAGCAUAAGCCAGCGGGAGAUGCGCAUCGAGACCAUCGCCGCCUCCAACACUCCCACUCCCAUCCGCAAGCAGUCCAAGCGGCGCUCCAACAUUUUCACAUCGCGGAAAGCCAGCGAGCAGUCAAAGAGCGUUGAGAGUAAGACAGACAGCAUAGGCAGUGGAAGGGCCAUUCCUAUCAAACAGGGAAUCCUCCUGAAGAGAAGUGGCAAAUCUCUCAACAAGGAGUGGAAGAAGAAGUACGUCACGCUGUGUGAUAACGGCGUCCUCACUUAUCACCCCAGCUUACACGACUACAUGCAGAAUGUGCACGGGAAGGAGAUUGACCUGCUGCGGACGACGGUCAAAGUACCCGGGAAACGACCCCCCAGGGCGGUGGCCGCCACUGUCGCCCCUACGGCCAGCCCCAAGACCAACGGGAUGACCAAGGACCGCAGUACCCUGCAACUGGGCAUUGGGAACACAGGCGCUCCGCACUCCAACAGCAGCACAUCCCUGCAGACGGGCGCGUCCUUGUUUGGCGGCAGCAAGGACGGAAUGCACCAGCGCUCCUUUUCCGUGUCUAGCGCCGACCAGUGGAACGACGCCAUCAACACCAGUACGAGCAGCGCCGCCCCCAACGGAACGAGCGACCCGGCCAGUUGUAGUGCGGACAGCGCCACAAGUCCAAAGCUUGAUCCGCCCCCCUCGCCGCACGCCAACCGCAAGAAACACAGACGGAAAAAGAGCACCGGCAUCACUAAGCCUGACGGUCUUUCUGCUGGCAAUGAAGAACAAGAGGAUUCCUUUGAGUUCAUCAUUGUGUCGCUGACCGGCCAGACGUGGAACUUUGAGGCGUCCACGUAUGAGGAGCGCGAGCUGUGGGUGCAGGCCAUCGAGAGUCAAAUCUUCGCCAGCUUGCAGUCGUGCGAGAGUAUCAAGAACAAGUCCCGAUUAGGCAGCCAGAGCGACGCCAUGGCCAUCCAGUCCAUACGCAAUGUGAGGGGCAACAGCUUCUGCGUGGACUGCGAUGCAGCAAAUCCAGACUGGGCCAGUCUGAACCUGGGCGCCGUGAUGUGCAUCGAGUGCUCGGGCAUCCACCGGAACCUGGGCACCCACCUGUCGCGCGUGCGCUCCUUGGACCUGGACGACUGGCCCGUGGAGCUCAGCAUGGUGAUGACGGCCAUCGGCAACGCCAUGGCCAACAGCAUCUGGGAGGGCGCCCUGGAGGGCUACAGCAGGCCGGGCAGCGACAGCACCAGGGAGGAGAAGGAGCGCUGGAUCCGAGCCAAGUACGAGCAGAAGAUGUUUCUGGUGGGGCUGCCCCAGUCGGACGUGCCCCUGGGCCAGCAGCUGCUGCGGGCGGUGGUGGAGGACGACCUGAGGCUGGCGGUGGUGCUGCUGGCGCACGGCACCAAGGAGGAGGUCAACGAGACGUACGGCGACGGCGACGGCCGCACGGCGCUGCACCUCUCGUGCGCCAUGGCCAACGUGGUCAUCACGCAGUUGCUCAUCUGGUACGGCGUGGACGUGAAGAGUCGCGACGCCCGCGGCCAGACGCCGCUUUCGUACGCCCGGCGAGCCGGCAGCCAGGAAUGCGCCGACAUCUUGCUCCAGCACGGCUGCCCCAACGACGCCGGCGGCGUGACGUCGCCCAACGUCAGCAACCGCAACAGCAACCCCAACAUCAACAACAACGCCCAGUGUGAGCUCAACCGCAGCAUCAGCAUCAUGUAGAGGGGUCCGCAGGGGGCACCUUGCCCCACGAGACGCCGCCGUGUACCGCCAUGGAGACGAUGGACGCAUGUCAGGAUGGGAUGAUGGAAAGUUGGUUUUGAUUCUUUUUUGUUCCUGAUCAUGAUCAGCUUUAAAUAUUUUGUUUUCUUCUUUUUUUAAACUACGCCAGUGACCUUCUUUCACCCCCAAAAGGGUUUGCCCUCGUGUGAGGAUGGGGAACCUUUUGACUCUUUCAGGAAGUCCUCCGAGGGCCAUGCUAAAUUUCAGACGAUCCAACAAAUGUUUAUUAUUGUAUUAUUUAUUUUUUUCGGGUCCGGAUUAAGAUCACAUUCCCCUAAAUAUUGGAGCUGGAAGAUUUCAGUGUAAAAUCUCGCUUUUCGUAUCAUUUCCGACUAAGUUCUCAUCCUGUCACUUAACACGAAGUCGCUGUCCGAUGAAUAGCGUGUAUCUCCACAUUUUCUUUUCAUCAGAAAAAUUAUUUUGGAAUUUCAGUUUCCAUUUUUCAAUGUUGUUUAUCAGACUGUUUUACGAUCGUAGGUUCUUGAGGGCCGACCCAGAUUAAAAAGAUUUGAUUCUGAUUAAAAAGUUGUUUUGUUUGCAGGAAACUAAUUUGGAAUCAAAAUGUCAGUUCGGAAUUUCAUUUUAAAAUAUAUAUGUAUCAGUAAACAAUUUCAGAAUGUUCCCAAAAAAAAUUUAGAAACAUAAUUGAAAAAAAUAAGUUUCCAUUUUUUUUUUUUUAAUUAAAAACAAUUUGUCAUUUUCAGUUUCAGAUACAAUUUUUUUCAUUUUGUAGUUUGUUGCGUAUUUCUAUCCAAAAUUGUAUUAUGAUAAUACAUUUUCUUUUCUUUCCACAAAUGUCAAUUAUUUUGCCCCCAAAAAUUAUUUUGCGCUGAACCAAACUUCAGAAUUUUUUUUUUUAAUUAAAUGGCAGUUUAUUGUUACAUAUUCGAGCUAUUAGCUCUUCUGAGAUUUUAUUUGUUUUUCAAAUCGCAUGACCCAAAGGCUCGCCUUUGCCCCUCGAGUCUGAUGUUGCACACCUCUUCCCACGUGCUUAAAAAAAAAAAAAAAAAAAAAAAAAGUUCCACUUCCAGGCCGUAUAAAUGUCACCAAAGUGAGUCCGAUUGUCUGUGAUGUGCUAUUCAGCGAUGACGCCGACAAAACAAUUUGAGUGAAAGAAAGCAAAUGGUGGCGACAGUGAACGCAUCAUAAAAGAAGUGAUUGCAGGUGAUGUUCCGCGCAACGGCAGAGGGGCACCGCAUUGUGCGCCGGUGGAGCCUCUUCAAUCACAAUUCAUUCACGUUGAUUCAAAGCGGUACAAUUGCGCCAUUACGCCAUCUUUGUCGGGGGGGGGGGGGGGAAUCUCGAUUAUGUCGACGGUCGGUUGACAAGAUUUCUAUUUGUCCUUAUCAACCCAUCUUUAGUGGCUUGCUUGUGAAAUACAUAAAUGUGUCUCAUGAUAACGAACGACACGCAAGAGGCAACUGGAAAAAGUCAUCCUCAUUAUACAUGUACUUAAACAUAACGUGACCUCGUCUUUGGUUCCAUAUUGCUCCCUCAGUGUAAAAGCGUUGCGUUCAAGGGACCGGCGAUGAGAGUUGAAUCUUAUUAGCUCAUAUGCUUUGAGUUGGUACUGUGACCAUAGUUGCUUUUUGCCUGUGUACUCACUUGCCUUCAUGAAGGCUUUAAACCCUUUCAAGGGUUUUAUCAUGUUCAGUAUGUUUCUUUAAAGAGUUUUUAACUUCAGCCUCAGCUGCAGUAUUCUCAAAUUUUUUUUUUUAUUUGGGGAAAGUAUUCAUUAAGAAUGGAAACAUUUAGUACAAGAAGUCAAUAGAUCUUUCGAAAAGCUUUUUUUUUUUUUUUUUCCAGCAUUUUCUGAGCAAAAUGUCAUUUUUUUAACAUGUGCAUGUCCGCCUUAUUGCAUCACAUAAGUAAACGUGCAAAAAAAAAAUGCAGCUGAAGUUUCUGCUUACAUUUUUUGAUAUAAUUUAUGACCUAAUUCUUCUUCUGUUGGCGGUAACAUAACAUCCCUGUCCAAUGGAAAACACGCAUCUCCAAAAGUUUUAUUUUUAAUAACUUGUUUUUAUCCAAAACGUUUCUUUGUUGUGAAAAACAAUUUAUGAACUGUAAAUGACGUUCUGAAAUAGUUUAUCAGCUAUCAGUUUUCGUAACAUAACUGUGAACGUUUUAUUUGGCUUGGGGGGGGGGGGGGGGGGGGGAGUUUCGGAAUUGAAAUGAGAAAUUUGGAAUCUUUUAUUUUUGCAUUGAAAAACAAUUUUGGGAUUUCAUUUUCAGUUUUGAGGAGACAUUAUUUAUUUAUUUUUUUACCAAAAACAAUUUCAAGUAGAAACUAGAAUCGAAAUUCUGAAAUCAAUCAAUGUUUUUUUGAUGAUUUUAUAAUUUCUUUAAAUGUUGUUUUAUGGAGUUAAAUGCUUUUCAAUGGACAACAACAAUAAGCGUGGCUCUUUCCAAAGAUAAAAAUCAAUAAGCUCUCGGUAGUCUGGACGCAUGAUUGAACAAAAAAAAAAAACCCAUGUUUUAACAGAAUAAUUGUGGUGUUUUGUAUAUAAGAUGCAGAGCAGCAGAGACUACUUGCAACUGUGCCAGCCUUGUUUAUCCAGCACACCACGUCCCCGUGUGCGCCUUUCCCAAACGUUCGAGCUGACCGGCCACUGAUUGCAUUGUAGAUGUGCUGUAACCAUGUACUGUAAUACUGGCCUUACUGACUUGAUGGCGCCGCCUUCAUUUGUUGGAAAUAGUGUAGAUGCCAACAUACGUACGAGUAGAGAAGCCCUUAGCACAACAUGAAGUGUUGUACAUAGUAGUUGAAAUCUUAGAGAAACGACGACUUGGACGAUAAACGCUUUUCUUUUGGGUCAAAAAGCCUCUUGAUUCACAAGCCAUAUUUUUUAAUAUGUUGCUUUUUUGUUGUUUCUCCAUUAUUAUUAUUAUUAUUUUUUUUUAUUAUGGUACUCGCAUUUGGUCGCAAUGUGACCAUCUUUGGUACUUGUGUAUAAAUGAUGUACAUUUGACAUAUUUAUAAUGCAGUAUGUAAAUAUUUUUAUUUUGGGUUCAUUUAUUGUGUUCGUGUUUCUUUUUUACGUUGAGAAGGUGCAACGAAGAAGCUAAAGAGUAACUUGUUUGUGUGCUUGGCUGAUUGUUGACCCAUUAAUAAACAUUCAAUAAAACCAUGUAGCCUUCCCUUUCUGUGGGGGAAAAACACA